AUGAUAUCUUUGAUCAACGUAACUGCUGGUCGUGAUGGUGCACCAACCGUGGAACGUUAUGUUCCACCACCUCCACCUACUAGUGAAGCUGAUAUAUUUGGUGAAGCUGCAACAAAAGGUGAAAAUUUUGGUAAAUAUCAUCGUACACAAACACGUUGUACACCUGAAGGAAGAGUAAAAGCAAUUGAAUUAUAUGAAGAAGCAAAUCUUGGUACACAAGUUUUAUCUAAUAUUCGUCGUGCUCAUUUUGAAGAACCAACACCAAUUCAACGAUAUGCAUUACCUUGUAUUCGACAACAAGAUGAUUUAAUGGCUUGUGCUCAAACUGGUUCUGGUAAAACGGCUGCUUUUCUCUUACCAAUCAUUUCAAAUUUAUUGGAAUAUCAUGCUGAUGAAUUAGCAGAAAGAUUUCAUCCACCAGCACCUUUUUGUCUUAUUGUUUCACCGACUCGUGAACUUGCUCUACAAACAGAACGUGAAGCAAGAAAAUUUGCUUUUCAAACACCUGUAAUACCAUGUUCUGCUGUUGGUGGUCAUGAUAUGUUUACAGUUACUGAUCGUCUUCGAGAAGGUUGUCAUAUUCUUUCAGCAACAACAGGUCGUCUUAAGGAUAUGGUUGAAAAAGGCCGAAUUUCAUUGAAAAAAGUGAAAUAUUUUGUUCUUGAUGAAGCUGAUCGAAUGUUGGAUACUGGUUUUGAACCUGACAUUCGUAAAUUAGAAGAUCUUGGUUUAGCACAAAAAGGAGAACGUGUAACAUCAAUGUUUUCUGCAACAUUUCCUGAUGAAGUUCAACGACUUGCUAAACAUUUUCUACGAGAUAAUUAUGUUUUUCUUGCUGUUGGUAUACUUGGUGGUGCCAAUGAAGAUAUUUCUCAAACAAUUGAACUCGUACCACAAUCGAAUAAAAAAGAUCGACUUUUUCAACUACUUGAAGAAAAUUUAAAAUCUGAACGUUGUUUAAUCUUUGUUGAAACAAAACGAUCAGCUGAUUAUAUUGGUGCUUUACUUUCACAACGACAAUUUAUGAGUACAACAAUGCAUGGAGAUCGAACACAACGACAACGUUUUGAAGCCGUACAACAAUUUACAAAUGGCAAAUGUCCAAUUCUUGUUGCAACAUCUGUUGCUGCACGUGGUUUAGAUUUUCCUUUGAUUGGUUAUGUAGUUAAUUAUGAUUUACCAGAUACAAGUGAUUUUUAUAUUCAUCGUAUUGGACGAACAGGUCGUGCCGGUCAUUUGGGUAAAUCAAUUUCAUUUUUUGAUCCAGAUCGAGAAUCAGAUCGAACUAUUGCACCAGAACUUGUUCAAAAAUUAAGCGAGGCUGGUCAAGACGUACCCGAAUUUCUUAAACAACAUAUGCCCAAUACUAGUGGACUUAAAAGUGGUUUUGUUGGAAGAAAUGCUGAUAUGCGUUCCGGUGGAUUUAAUCAUAGUCAAACAGUUAGUACAAGUGGUGGUACAGCAUCAGCUGGUGCUGCAGAAGAUUGGGAUUAA